AUGUUCCGCCCCACUCUACGGACGCUUUCGCAGGCGCAAUCCCAAGCGUCUGCGGCUACUGGCCUGAACUCGCGUCGGCAACGUGGCCGCGGCGUGGUCCUGAUCGCUGCUGCGCUCACCGGUGCUUUCGCCGCUUAUGCGCUCACGCCCCGUAAAUCCGAGUGGGACGAGAAUGUAUCGCAUGACAUCCGCCCUGCGCUGCACUGGUCGCCGCCCACGCGUGCACAGAUGAUCGAGGCCCUGAAGAAAGGCUCGCCCGACUCGCUGCGCUCGGACGGCAGCCUCGAGCAGAUGCGCUCGCUCCUUGUGCCGGAGCACAAGGCGGUGGGCAGCAGCCCCAUCCCCGAGGUGGAGCACGCCUACUCGGGCAGCAAUGAUGAUGACGGCUUCGACCUGCUGAUCAUUGGUGGUGGUGCGACGGGUGCCGGUGUUGCCGUCGACGCGACCACGCGUGGCCUCAAGGUCGCCGUGGUGGAGCGUGACGACUACGGUGCGGGCACUUCGUCCAAGUCGACCAAGCUUGUGCACGGUGGUGUGCGCUACCUGCAGAAGGCCAUCAUGCAGCUCGACUACGAUCAGUACAAGAUGGUCCGCGAGGCGCUUCACGAGCGCAAGACGUUCCUGCACAUUGCUCCCUACCUGAGCCACAGUCUGCCCAUUCUGAUUCCUGCGUACGCUUGGUGGAAGAUUCCCUAUUACUACGCUGGCACCAAGCUGUACGACCUCAUUGCCGGUGAGGAGAACAUGGGCAGCUCGUACAUGGUGGGCCGCGACAAGACGCUCGAGAUGUUCCCCAUGCUCCGUCCCCACAACCUUGCCGGUGGUGUCGUGUACUACGACGGUCAGCAGAACGACACGCGUAUGAACAUCGCACUGAUCCUCAGUGCCAUCCAGCACGGCGCUGUCGCCGCGAACCACACCGAGGUGAUCUCGCUGAUCAAGAACCCCGGUGCCGACGGCAAGGAGCAGAUCACGGGUGCUCGCGUGCGCGACCGCUUCACCAACGAGGAGUUCAACAUCAAGGCCAAGGGUGUGAUCAACGCGACUGGUCCUUUCUGUGACAGCAUCCGCAAGAUGGACGUGCCCACGGCGGCCGAGAUUGUUGCUCCGUCGUCGGGUGUUCACAUCACCUUCCCUGGCUACUUCUCGCCGAGCGGCAUGGGUCUGCUCGACCCUGCAACGAGCGACGGUCGUGUCAUCUUCUUCUUGCCGUGGCAGGGCUCGACCAUCGCCGGUACCACUGACACGGCGGCCAAGGUCGAGGACCACCCCGUUCCUGGCGAGCAGGAGAUCCAGUGGAUCCUGGACGAGGUGCGCAACUACCUCAACACCGACGUCACCGUCAAGCGCUCGGACGUGCAGAGCGCCUGGAGCGGUCUCCGCCCGCUGGUCAAGGACCCCUCGGCGAAGGACACGCAGAGCCUUGUGCGCAACCACCUGAUCAACAUCAGUGACGCCGGCCUCCUCACCAUCUCGGGUGGUAAGUGGACCACCUACCGUGAGAUGGCCGAGGAGACCGUCGACAAGGCCAUCGAGGCGUUCAAGCUGCACCCCCUGCGCGGGUGUGUCUCGAAGCAGGUGCGCCUGAUCGGUGCGCACGACUGGUCGCGUACCAUGUACGUGCGCCUCCUGCAGGAGUUCAGCCUGGACCUCGACGUUGCGCAGCACCUUUCGCACUCGUACGGUGACCGUGCCUGGAGCCUGUGCGCCAUCGCCGAGCCUACCGGCGAGCGCUACCCCAAGCACGGCGUCCGCCUUGACUCGCAGCUGCCCUACAUCGAGGCAGAGGUCCGCUACGCUACCCGCAUGGAAUACGCCGCAAAGGUUGCCGACUUUAUCGCGCGUCGUUCGCGCAUGUCGUUCCUCGACACCGAGGCCACGAUCGCUGCCCUCCCCCGUGUGAUUGACAUCAUGGGCGAGGAGCUCGACUGGUCCGAGACCCGCAAGCAGACCGAGUUCCAGGAGGGUAUUCAGUUCCUCGCCUCCAUGGGUGUCGACCCCCAGCGCGUCGCCGAGCUCGCCAAGACUCCGCUCGUCGAGGCCCGCCGCUGGAAGGACUCUAACCCGCCUCCCCGUGCAGCCGCGGCCCCCGUUGCGCUGUAA